AUGAUUGCUCCACUUAUAUUUUUUAUAUUUGCUGAUAUAAUCGCUAGCAAUCCAUUCCCACUGCAGUCGAAUUUAUCAAAUUGUGACUUCUGCAAGGAUGUUGUUGGUGAACUUGAAUUCUCUUUAAAAAAUGAUAUGCAAAGUAUAGAAAAGCUUAUAAGUGACUUUUGCGACUUAAUAACGGCUUCCAAACCUCGUUUCGAUCCACUGUGUAAGUCACUUUUGGACAAAACAAUAGAAGAACUUAUCGAUGUCCUGAUCGAUUACGUUAAACCUGAAACAAUCUGUGUUGGAAUCAAAGUGUGCAAGAGAAAUGAAUUUUUUAAAAAUUAA